UUGUGCCGAGUUCAGCAGCCGCCUCCCCUCACGGCCGGGCUCUCCCAGGCCCGUUGCUACCAGGGGGCCGCAUGCCCCACCAGGCAGCCAGAGAAGUGGCUGGCGGGGGCUUCGCGGGCCGAGGCGCGGAAGCUCCCCGCUGGCCGCCUGCCUCGGCACGUGGAUUUACUCAGCUAGUCUGGGGCCGCUGCCGCCGCCACUUCAACCUGCCGACGCUUCUGACCAUGGACCUUUCUCCGCGCCCCUCCUGCCGGCCGGCGCGCCACCGGCCCUGGAGGCGCCGAACGAGACGCAGGCCCUUCAGUAGAUUAUCUUCCAGAUUCCCAGAAAUCAUGUCAGUAGGAUCACAUUCAUUCUCCCCAGGGGGCCCUAAUGGAAUUAUUAGAAGCCAGUCCUUUGCUGGCUUCAGCGGUCUUCAAGAAAGACGAUCCAGGUGCAACUCCUUUAUUGAAAAUUCCUCCGGCCUCAAGAAACCCCAGGCAAAAGUGAAGAAGACGCACCAUUUGGGACACAAGGGCAACAGCAAUCCUAAAGAGCCUCAGCCUGAAAGGAUGGAAGAGGUUUACAAGGCAUUAAAGAAUGGACUCAAUGAAUAUCUGGAAGUGCAUCAGACAGAGCUGGAUAAGUUGACUGCUCAGUUAAAGGACAUGAAAAGAAACUCACGCCUGGGGGUGAUGUACGAUCUAGGCAAGCAAAUGAAAGCUAUUGAGAGAUAUAUGAGAAAGUUGGAAUUCCACAUCAGCAAGGUAGAUGAACUCUUUGAAGCCUACUGUAUCCAAAGACGACUCCGUGAUGGUGCCAGCAAAAUGAAGCAAGCCUUUGGGCUGUCCCCAGCCAGCAAAGCAGCUCGAGAGAGUUUGUCAGAAAUCAGCAAAAGUUACAAAGAGUACACAGAGAACAUGUGUACUAUUGAAGGAGAGCUGGAGAGUCUAAUGGGGGAGUUCUGUAUCAAGAUGAAAGGUUUAGCUGGCUUUGCUCGACUUUGUCCUGGAGACCAGUAUGAGAUUUUCAUGCGGUACGGCCGACAGAGGUGGAAGCUGAAAGGCAAAAUAGAAGUCAACGGCAAGCAAAGCUGGGAUGGAGAAGAAAUGAUCUUCCUUCCUCUUAUUGUUGGGCUGAUCUCCAUUAAGGUCACAGAAGUUAAAGGCCUUGCUACCCACAUUCUGGUGGGAAGUGUCACCUGUGAAACGAAAGAUUUGUUUGCUGCUCAGCCUCAGGUUGUCGCUGUGGACAUUAAUGACCUUGGUACGAUAAAGCUGAACCUGGAAAUAACUUGGCACCCAUUUGAUGUUGAGGACAUGACCCCGUCUACAAACAACACAAACAGAGCAUCUGCUCUCCAGAGAAGGGUGUCCAUGUAUAGUCAAGGUACCCCAGAAACUCCAACUUUCAAGGACCAUUCAUUCUUUUCAAACUUGCAUGACGACGUCUUUGAAAAUGGGACAACAGAAGUUGAGCAGCGGCCAAUGUCUUUCAGUUUCAAUGAUAUUUCCAAUUGCAGUCAAUCUUCCAGUUCUGUUGGUUCCUCUUCUGCCACGGAUAAUUUUAAUCCUGAAAUUACUGUCACGCCUCCAGAACAUAAUGGGCAGAAGUUAUCAAAAACUCAUGCAUUGGACAAUAUCAGCACCAGCUCAUCAGUGGACUCCACACCUGAAUAUAAGGACUUAAAGUCACAAGAACCUAUGCCACUUAGUGAGGGGAAAAAGAUUUCUCAUAUAGAUUCUGAAGUUUGCCAAACCUCUCCAGUUUCCAGAAGCAACAAUCUUUUCUUACAUAGCAGUGCCCCAGUAUCUCUCUUGCAGGACACGGAUGAAUUAUCAGAGCUCAAACCUGUGGAACUGGAUACUUUUGAAGGCAAUAUCACUAAGCAGCUUGUAAAAAGACUCACUUCAGGAGAAGGUCCUGCAACACCCGAAAAGCUGCAUUGCGAAGGAUCAAUAAGUGGCGAAUCUGAAGGCUAUAAAUCCUGCGUAGAUGGAAGCCUAGAAGAAGCAUUUCAAGGGCUGCUUCUAGCACUUGAGCCACAUAAAGAACAAUUUAAAGAAUUUCAGGAUCUGGACCAAGAAGUAACACACCUGGAUGAAAUUCUAAAAUGCAGACCAGCAGUGAACCACAGCAGGUCCUCCAGUUUAAGCCUAACUGUUGAAAGUGCUUUGGAAAGCUUUGACUUCCUGAACACCUCUGAUUUCGAUGAGGAUGAGGGGGGCACAGAUGAGCUCUGCAGUGGCAAUGGUCAAAGGAAUGACUCUGUCUUCUCAGACUCGGAGAUUGAGAAAAACAGUUACAGGUCAGAACACCCAGAAGCCAGAGGGCAUCUCAGUGAAGCGUUGACAGAAGACACAGGAGUUGGGACCAGCGUAGCUGGAAGCCCUCUUCCAUUGACCACAGGGAAUGAAAGCCUUGAUCUUUCUAUAGUCAAGCACUUGCAGUAUUGCACACAGCUUAUUCAGCAAAUUGUGUUUUCCAGCAAAACUCAGUUUGUAACAAGAAACCUCCUAGAUAAACUAUCCCAACAGAUUCUAGUGAUUGAGUGUCUUGCAGAGAUCAGUGAUGAGAACAUGGGGAACAUCAGACCUAUAACUGAAGCAAUCCCAGAAUUUCAAAAAAGGAUCUCCCUCCUGUCCUUCUGGAAUAAAUGUACAUCCCAUUCUUCUGGGAUGUACCACAUCUCCGCAGACAGGCUGAUCAAACAACUGGACAUCACAUUUGCUGCGGCCGUGAAUGAGGAAUAUCCGGGGCUUGCAGAAACAGUAUUCAAAACUUUGGUGUCUCAUAUCUUGGACCGAGAAGAGCCUAUCCUCUCUUCUAACCUAUCUUUGGAAAUCGUAACAGUCUUUCAGUACUACAACUAUUUGGCGAGCAAAAGUGUUACUGACCUGGGAAGCUACUUGCUUCAGCUUGCAAAAGAAGCUUCAACAGUUCAGACUCUGCAGUCCUUGAGAGAUGAAAAGUGCUUGCAGAAUGUGAUCCCAUUAACUGCCAUCAGCCUUCCACCUCAGCAAGAAGUACUGAAAUCUUUGGCUGUCCUUCUUCUAAAUGAGAAUAAAAAAGAAACAUGCGAAGCUGUCGCAUCAAUCUUGUUAGCAGCUGCAGAAGACAAGCACUUCAGGGAAAAGGCUUUAAUUUAUUACUGUGAAACGCUUGCACAAUCCAACCUCCACCUUCAGAAAGCAGCUUGCCUGGCUCUCAAAUGCCUCCAGGCAACAGAAAGUAUUAAAAUGCUUGUCACGCUUUGCCAGUCUGAUAAUGAAGAAAUCAGAAAUGUGGCCUCUGAAACCCUGCUCUCUCUUGGAGAGGACGGACGGCUGGCAUAUGAGCAACUAGAUAAAUUCCCCCGUGACUUCAUUAAAGUUGGUGGACGUCGUGGGACUGAGGUAGCCACAGCCUUCUAAUCUGCCUAAUAGACAUCUAGCAAGAGUCUCAGUGGCUGCUUGUAUUAACCUCAAUGGUGCUGAAGCUCAACUGCAAAAAGAAAACCUUUUGAUGGGAUGUUCUGAAACUCACGGACUUUUGAAGAUUACUAGUGUAUGAAGAAUCUUGAUUUGGGUUCCCAUUGUCUUUGAUGUCUAUUAUGAAACAGUGGAUCUGUCCAAGCUAGUGAUUAUUUUAAUUGCUUCUGAGUGAAACUGUGUGAUUGCUGUGCAUCAGUCUCAGCAAACAUGAGAUGAAAACAGCUUUUGAGGCAUUUUUACAGAAUUUGGUGUUUGCUUUGUGGGUGUUAUUGCAUCUGCUUGAAACAUUUGAUUCCCCUCCUGAAACAGUGAGCAGAGAGGAGCGAAGUAGGCAGCUCUUAUUGUCACCUGCGAAGAGCCUCUGUUCCCUUUCAGUAUCGCUCACCUGGAUUUAUUACAGAAGAAAAGUUUAAGAGAAACAAACAUCAGAGGAUGUGUCUGCCUCUGGAAACAGUUGGAUGCAAACGCUGGGAGCUGUCAGUUCACUGACUCAUUUUAGAUUUCCUUCUGUGCUUUUCCCCACCCUCCGAUAAUGAACUCUCAUUAAGCCAGAGAUUUUCUUUUGUUGUCAAGCAUGCGUGUGUGGGCUGGAAACCACAAAUGGAAGUAUUACUUUUCCCCAAAAAAGAGCAAAUAUAUGCAGUAUCUUUUUUUUUUUAAGCAUUAAAAUCCCUGGCUCCUUUUCCCACCUCCAAGAUUCCAAAAACAGAGAAAAGCAUUAUGCAUAAAUAUGUUAGUCUGUUAUAUUGAUUUCAGCGUAACCGAGAAAGGUUGCAGAGUUCUUGGGGACUGUUUAGAAAUAGGAUCUGCAGAAUCCUUCUUCCUUGCAACAUUAAGGAUCUGUGUUAUGUGACAAUAUUUUCACUGAAGCCCUUUGCAUUGUUGAUGAUACAGCCUAAAUGCUGGUAGUUUCUGUACAACCAUGGGGGGGGGGGCGGUUAGUCAUCAUUUGAAAAAUGCAGAUAUUGAAGACUCUUUUUAAAAUGUCCAAUAGAGCCACCACCCCCUUUGCCAAAUACAUUGGCAAAACAGUAUUUUUGAUUAUGAAUGUGAAAAACUUGUGUAUAUAUAUUCCUGUAUAUUUAUAAGUUAUAUAUAUUCUCUGAUUAAAAGCUACGUUUGUACAGCUAAACUUAAGCAUUUUACUGAAGGAAACAGUCUCUUGACAACACAUGGAAUAAUUAUAAUUUGGUUUUUACAGCA